AUGUGGGAGUCUUUGCUUAGUGAUUUUCAGAUUGUGUUUAUUCCACUAUUGGCUGAUCAAGUUCUCACCACAAGAUUGUUAACCGAAGAACUCGAGGUCUCUGUGAAGGUUCAAACAGAAGAUUCUGGAUGGUUCUCGAAAGAGAGCUUGAGGGAUGCGGUUAAAUCUGUGAUGGAUACAGAUACAAGUGAGAUUGGGAAGCUAGUGAAGAGUAACCAUAAUAAAUUGAAAGAGACUUUGGUUAGUCCUGGAUUGUUGAGUGGUUAUGCUGAUAAGUUUGUAGAAGCAUUGGAGGAUGAAGUCGAUAAUACAAAAUCGUCUUGA